AUGGCUUCACGAUCCUCAACUGCCGUGUACGAGUCUAACUUGUCACGUCUUGACGCAAAUCCAUCACUCAGCGUAAAGUCGAGACAGAACCCCAAAGACUCAAUGAAGUCCACCUGGCGACGAGCCGAUAAAAGCAACUGGACACUGUCGCACUGGUUCUUCGAAAUCCUGGGCAUUCACCACGUCGCCCUGGAUAAAGACUUGCCUGUGCAUCAGAAAGGAGACAAAGUGCCAUACACACCAGAGUGGCAGUUGCACCGUUGGGUGCUGGUGCAUUCACUCGUCCCGAUGGCCAUACAUCACGCCUAUGUCGUAUACACUGGCCAGAACCUUACACCCAUCCAAGCCUUUGUCUUCUACAGUGUCGCCUUCAAGGUUGCUGCGGUGCACCUACUGCAUGCUCUACGACGAGUAGGCCACCAGACGGGCUUUUUGGAUGGUGAUGUACAUGAGAGGGAUGGGGUGCCUGAUGUUGGCGUCACCAAGGUCGUGAAGAGUCUCAUAGCCACAUCUAGCUUUCGCCCUGUCUUUACUGUAUUCCUCAGCUACCGCACCGCCCAGGCUCCUUCAUCCAUUAGUUGGCUUUGGCUGCCACUGGAGAUUGGCCUGUACGGCAUCGUGCUAGACUUUUGGUUCUACUGGUACCAUAGACUCAUGCACGAGGUCGGCAGUCUCUGGAAGUACCACCGCACCCAUCACUUGACCAAGCACCCAAACCCACUUCUGACACUGUACGCCGAUUUCGAACAGGAGAUAUUCGACAUCGCCGUCAUCCCACUCAUGACCUAUUUCUCUUUGAAGUUUCUAGGUCUUCCCAUGGGCUUCUACGAGUGGUGGAUAUGCCACCAGUACGUCAUGUUUACCGAGCUGGGUGGCCAUAGCGGCCUGCGUGUCUACACAUCACCGCCCGGCACUCUUAGCUGGCUCCUACGUCUCCUUGACGCUGAGCUUGUAAUUGAAGACCACGAUCUUCACCACCGGAAGGGCUGGAAGACGAGCGGUAACUAUGGCAAACAGACUCGCUUGUGGGAUAAGGUUUUUGGCACUUGCAUUGACCGGAUAGAGUUGAAAGAGUCAAACAUGGAUUGGAAAACAACUGUUGACCUUCCAAUCUUUUGGUAA